GUGGAAAAAUCAUUUGAAUGUUAAGUGUAACUUGAAGUGCAGUAGUCUUUACUUCACAACAGCAUAUGCUAUAAUGGAGACGCCGUUGCUCAAUGGCAACUCCGGCGACUACAACCAGCUCGUCGGCGCCGAUGGAGACUACCGGCCGGCAAAGAGUUUUAAAGAUUGGUGGGCAAUUUUCUGCAUAGAGACAGUCAAGCUGUGGAGGAUAGGAGGUCCUAUAGCCUUUAAUAUAAUAUGCCAAUAUGGAGUCAACUCCCUUACCAAUAUUUUUGUUGGGCAUCUUGGAAAUAUUGACCUCUCUGCUAUUUCCAUAGCGCAGACUGUCAUUAGUACUUUCUCUUUUGGCUUCAUGCUGGGAAUGGGGAGUGCUCUGGAAACACUAUGUGGACAGGCCUAUGGAGCAGGGCAAGUUCACAUGUUAGGUGUUUACAUGCAACGCUCCAUCAUAAUUCUACUAGCAACUUGUGUCAUUCUCUUGCCCAUUUACUUAUUCGCAACUCCAGUCCUCGAAUUGUUGGGCCAAGAAACAGCAAUUGCUAAGCUCGCUGGAAGAUACACUAUGUUAAUCAUCCCACAAUUGUUUACACUUGCGAUCACUUUCCCGACCUCUAAAUUUCUUCAAGCUCAGAGCAAAGUGGAUGUGCUUGCUGGGAUUGGGUUCGCGGCUUUGCUGGUUCACGCUGUAUUUCUUUGGCUCUUUAUUUAUACAUUUGGUUGGGGUACUACUGGUGCUGCUAUAGCCUUUGAUCUUACCAAUUGGCUUACUGCUAUAGCGCAGUUGGGAUAUGUUGUUGGUUGGUGUAAGGAUGGUUGGAAGGGAUUAUCGUGGGCGGCGUUUAAUGAGAUUUGGGCAUUUGUUAGACUUUCCAUUGCUUCAGCUGUUAUGUUAUGCCUUGAGAUCUGGUAUAUGAUGAGUAUUAUCCUCCUUGUUGGCCAUCUUAAUAACGCCGUCAUAGCUGUUGGCUCCAUUUCAAUUUGCAUGAACAUCAAUGGAUGGGAGAACAUGCUAUUCAUUGGAAUUAAUGCUGCCAUGAGCGUGCGAGUCUCAAAUGAACUCGGGCUAGGACAUCCAAGAGCUACGAAAUACUCGGUCUAUAUAGCAGUGUUGCAGUGCUUCCUAAUUGGAAUACUAUGCAUGGUAAUUGUACUGGUAGCUAGAAAUCAUCUGGCCAUUAUCUUUUCAAGCAGCAAACAAAUGCAACAAGCUGUUGGUGGUCUUGCUUUCCUUUUAGGAAUCACUAUGGUUCUUAAUAGUGUUCAGCCCGUAAUAUCAGGGGUUGCUAUUGGAGGUGGAUGGCAAGCUUUAGUAGCUUAUAUCAAUCUUGGUUGCUAUUACCUUUUUGGACUCCCUCUUGGAUAUAUUCUUGGUUAUGUAGCAAAAUUGGGAACAAAGGGACUUUGGUUGGGGAUGAUUGCAGGGGCAGCUUUGCAGACCCUUGUACUCUUGAUUAUACUGUAUAAGACUAAUUGGACUACAGAGGUGGAAGAUACGACAGAGCGUAUGCGUAAAUGGGGAGGACAAGAUUUUGAAACAGAAAAAUCUACCGAUGGCCAAUUGCCUAUUGAGAAUGGUGUAGCUUAAGUUUACGAUGGAUGGAAUCUGAAUUUUCGUGUUGAGUUUGAAUGUAUAUGUUCCUAUUACAACUAGUGAAUUUUUCUGCGCUUUACACGCUUUAAUUGGAUAAUAUUUUAAAUAAUAU